AUGUAUGCGUCUUUUAAAAUGAAUGGCGUUCAAGAUAAGCCGGAACUAUCUGCAGCCCAGCCUGCGUUCCCACUAACUUCUAAUGUUAAUCAUCCUCUCGAACAUCCCACUCAAACAGACGCUGCGCCUGAGGAGAUCGAAGAAGGUAGAGCCGCAUAUCGACCUGGAGGCUUGCAUCCUGUAUAUAUCGGCGAUAUUUUCGAUGACAGGUUCAAAGUACUCAGUAAGAUCGGUUAUGGGCGUUAUUCAACCGUCUGGCUAGUCAGAGAUUUACAAGCUAAUAAUAUACAACAUGAAUUCCGAGCACUAAAGAUACUGAGAGCUGAGGCAUACGGCGGCGAUAAUGACAUCUUUGAAAGGGAAAUCUUGACUCAUUUUCGAAAUGCGGAGGAUCGCGACCUGUACGGUUACAGAUACGUUUGCCACCUGAUUACUCAAUUCGAACAUCAAGGUCCGAAUGGCACUCACAUAUGCUUUAUCUUUGAGCUCAUGGGUGAAACUCUCCUCAGCUUUGGCGCCUGGUUUCCAAAUGACAUGAUCCCAUAUUCGGUCAUGCGCAGAUUCGCAAUUCAGCUGGUAUUGGCCCUCGAUUUCGCACAUGAACUCAACGUUGUUCAUACAGAUAUAAAGCCUGAUAAUAUUUUUGUCAAGUUUCGUGACUACUCCCUGAUUGAGUCUGGAUAUCUGAAGCAUAUUACCAUCCCUCAGCAAGACCGGGAAGAAUCACAAUACUGCCCUAUUCCGUCCUGGCCGCUCCGUGCUUUCUAUUUCAACAGAUCAGAUGAUGCUCGUGUAGACGAAUCCGACAUUGCACUGGGAGAUUGGGGUGUCGCUAGUUGGACAACGAAACAUCUCACUGAGAAGAUCCAACCAGUGGCACUUCGCUCUCCUGAGGUACUUAUCGAAGCCCCAUGGGGUACUACCACUGACUGGUGGAAUUUCGGUGCUGUAUUACUGGAAGUCUUCCGCGCUGUGCGAAUGUUUAGCGGCAGAGUGUCUCCAGAAGGCCAUUACGAGCUCAAGAAACACCUAACUGAAAUUGUUGACAUGUUUGGGCCUUUUCCAACGAAUCUUCUUGAGAAAGGGAAUCAGGAUAUUGUUGGUAAGCUAUUUGAUAGCGAGGGACGCAUUCAAGACGCAGACCCUUCAGAAGGGCCUGGCUUGUUAUCUGAAGAUUGGCUGCCUGGUCUUGAUCUAGAACAGAGAGAGUGUUUCGUCUCAUUCCUGAAGACAGUAAUGAGGAUCGAUCCUGAUGAGCGCCCAUCACCGGAAGAUAUUUUGCGACACCCUUGGCUAGGCGCAUUAGCUUAG